AUGCAAGCCCAUUAAAACCCAGCAAUGUAUUGUACAAUAAUAGAAACGAUUGCUAUUACAACAUCGAAUCGCUCGCAAAAAUGUAAAUACGAGAUUUGUAUACAAAAAUGUCCGUACAAAUGUCAAAUGGAGCCGACGUGUCUACAUUCUAGUUAGUUAAAAAGCUUGUGGUGGGAGAAUUGUGUGAAAAUAUUAUCUUGUUCGCAACCAUGAGUAGUAGCCAGUGUUCGCUUUCUAAUCGCCGUAGACAGUCGCCGCGAUAUCAAUAAUGUCUUACGAUAGCAUUUUCGAAAACCUAAACUCUCACGGGCAAGGCCAUUUAUUAAAAUACUGGCCAGAUCUUAGUGAAAAAGAGCGCGCACAACUAUUGAAUGAUUUAAAAAAAAUCGAUUUCGCCGAAGUUAAUGAAUUGUUUCGCCGCGCUAACGAUACGAGCAAAGUUAUUCAAGAAAAAGUUGAGGAUUUGAAACCUAUACCGGAUUCUCAUUACGAAGCAGUGCCGAAUUUGAGUAAUGAGAAGAUUCUGGAGUACGAAAACAUCGGUUUGAAAGAAAUUAGUGAUGGAAAAGUCGGUGUUUUGUUAUUGGCCGGUGGACAAGCGACCAGGCUUGGAUUCGGGCACCCUAAAGGUAUGUACGAUGUCGGCUUACCAUCAAGAAAAACUCUUUUCCAAAUCCAAGCGGAGAGGAUUGUCAGAGUGCAACAAAUGGCCGCUGAGAAGUACGGAAAGGAGGGAAAGAUUACCUGGUACAUCAUGACUUCGGAGCACACAAGGGGACCAACCGCUGACUACUUCAGAAGCCACAACUACUUCGGUCUGAACGAGGAAGAUAUUGUUUACUUUGAGCAGGGAACGCUCCCAUGCUUUGAUUUUGAAGGGAAAAUAUUUUUAGAUGAGAAAUACCAUGUUUCGUCAGCUCCAGAUGGUAACGGAGGACUGUACAGAGCUUUGAAAAAUCAGGGAGUGUUGGAUGAUAUUGCGAAGAGAGGUGUAGAGCAUCUUCACGCUCAUUCGGUUGACAAUAUCCUUAUUAAAGUUGCCGAUCCAGUGUUUAUUGGAUACUGUAAGAGCAAAAACGCUGAUUGUGCAGCUAAAGUCGUGCAGAAAUCCACACCGAGUGAAGCUGUAGGCGUUGUUUGCAGAGUAAACGGUCACUACAAGGUAGUAGAGUACUCAGAGCUUACCGAUGAAGCUGCAGAAAGCAGAACAGCCGACGGCAGACUCACAUUCUCCGCAGGAAACAUCUGCAACCACUAUUUCUCAUCAGAAUUCUUAACAAAAAUCUGCAAUUUCGAAUCGAAAUUGAAACUCCAUGUUGCCAAAAAGAAGAUUCCCUACGUAGACCACGAAGGAAUCCGUCAGAAGCCCACAGAACCUAAUGGAAUUAAGAUGGAGAAGUUCAUCUUUGACGUGUUCGAGUUUGCAGAGAACUUUAUCUGUUUAGAAGUAGCGAGAGACGUUGAAUUCUCCGCAUUAAAGAACAAUGAUGCUGCUAAGAAAGACUGCCCGUCAACCGCAAGGGAGGACCUCCUGAGGUUACACCGCAAAUAUGUCAGAGAAGCCGGUGGUAUUGUCGAAGACAACAUUGAUGUAGAGAUCUCACCGUUGCUAUCUUACGGUGGAGAAAAUCUGGCAGACUUGGUCAGCGGAGAAGUCUUCACAAUCAGUCCAUACCAUCUGAAGAGCAUGCAGGAGUCUGUGGCCAACGGAAACGGAGUUAACGGAUCCAAUGGAGCCAACGGAUCCAACGGUACGCAUUAACAGUGAAUGGUGCUAAUUAUGUGAAUAAAGACUUUGGUGGUUUAAAAAUGUAUAUUACGGUCAAAUUUCAGUUCUACAAGUGAUCACAAAGUGUAAAUUUUAAGUGUUUCAGUGGCAUUAUAUCUAUCUACUUAAUACUUAUUUUAAAGAAAUAUUUACAGAAAAUCUUAUACAUAUACAGUGAUAAAUAAUAUUGGUUGUUUUUAUAAAGUUUUAGUUUGUAUGUAUAAAAUGAUAUAGCCGGGGAUAGUGCAAAUCCGCGAAUCUACAAUAUCUAUUUACGAUCUAAUUUUACAAGGGCAGGUUAAAACUCUUUUAUUGUUUUUUUAAGGGCAAAUGGCCUCAUUUUCCGGAGCUUCGGACUACCUAGCGGGUUUUCAGGGUAUCCGGGUCGAAAAGGGGGAGAAGGAACGGGUUAGUUUUUAAUCAGUAAGAGUCUGACACUCCCUCUCGCCUCGCCCAAGGCGGGAGAAGACAUUGGAUGAUUUUCCCUCUUUAAAAAAUGGUAAUUUUUACAAAGAUAGUAAAAAUUUAUGUUUUCUUUGUAACAUUAGAGAUAUGAGAAUGGAUCUGGAAAUUGAAAUUUGGCUAUAUUUGUUAGAUACGCGGAAUAAUUCAAUGCUAGUUACGCGGAUUUGCACUAUCCCCGAUGAUAGGACGCAUGCCUAUGCCUGGCUCUUUUAAAAAAAGUAACUAUCUUCUUAUAGUUUAUUUAUUUGCAAAAAGAAAUUGUAUAUAACUAUAUUGUUUUUUAUAUUUUCUUUUUUUAAAAAAGGACUAAGUGAUGUUGAAAAUUUUAGUCAUUAAUUAAAUAAGAUUUUUUU